UCAUAAUACAGAAGACUUGCCAGCACAGCACUACAGUUUGUUAUAAACUCAGAAAGCUAAAUCUUGUCAUAAUACGGCCCUUUUUUUUAAUGGUAAAAGCUGAUCAAACAUAUGGCUUCUUCAGCUGUUCUUUGUCCAGCUAUCAUCAUGUCAUAUAGCAAGUACAGGAUCCGUCAAAAGCUACCUCAAAUCAGAGGUCAUAGCUAUAGAGAUGAAGGGAAAUCAAGGCAUGUAGUUGAUGCAAAUUUGCAAGUUUUAAAGGAAAGAAUGGAAGAAGUGAAGAUGAAAGAGAGAUUAGAGAGGUGUUUGGUAUGCGAGCAGGGUUGGAAUUACACAGCUACUACUGCAAGUUUAUAUUUACAAAAGAAACGCAAGAAAGAAUUGGAUUACAUAUCUCAAUGUGUUCAACUUUUUUGCAUGGUUGGUGGAACUAUUGGAUUUACUAUACUUGGCUCUAGUCUUUGCCUUUACCUUACUUCCCUUCUUAUUCAUUUAAAUCUAAGCAACUGAGUUGUGCUCGUGCUGGGAUUCUAGCUAUUUGUAACUAUAUAUGUGAUUAUUUUCAUUUUUAUACAUAUAUUCUUUUGGGGUAUUUAAUUGCCCUAUAGCUUCUAAUGACAGACCUUAUUUUCUCA